UGGUACCAUGGCUAGCACAGCUGACCAGAUGUCCAAUGGUCAUCAAAGACAACAACAAGAUGAACACACCAUUUAUCAUACCAUCAUUAACGUCGGUGAAAGUUUGUGUGACAAAGAUACAUUACAAAGUUCUGAGAAGUUUGAAAAAGACGUCCAGUGCCUCGAGGAAAUUACUUCAGGCAUUUUUGAUUCUGGUGACUCAGAUAAUGGCAGGCCUGGAUUAGAAGAAGAAGUAAAACUGACAAUAAGAAAGAGAGUCAAUAACAAAACUGCUGAAGUAGCACAGACAAUAUUCAGAGGCAGAAUCUUGGACCCAGACAAUAAAGAGGAGCUGCAUAAGAUGUCAUCCAUAUUCAAGAGAUUCGCAGCUGCCUUGAGGAAAGCCAAGCGAGGAUGUGUACAUUGUUACUUAGAGUUUGCAGAUGAUGAUUCCUAUGACAUAUUUUGGCGAGGCUACAGUGACGGGAGCCUGUCCGACACCCUGACCCGGGAACUGAUCACAGACGACAUGAGGGCAGCAGAGGGAGGAGCAGACUUGUACAUACAUGUCCGAGUCUUGGACUCUGCUACAGAGGACGGAGACUUCUCGGACCAGGACCCGAGUGGCACAGCAGGCCGAGGCCCCCCACAUCCUGGUCCAUCUCGGGAACAUUCAGGACAGGGUCCUCCUGCACCAUGCAACAGUAACCAUGGUGACGACACGUCUCCUGGUUACCAUGGUGAUGACACAGGUGGGCGGCAGGUGUCAGGUGGUGAUGACGUCAUACAUGUAAAGCAGGAGCCAGCUGAGCAGGUGCCGUCCUGCUGCAUGAUGGGAACAGUAAAAUCAGAAAUGGACACCAAUGGACUGGAAGUGAAGGAGGAAUCAGAGCUAGACAGACAGUUCGCCGCCAUUGCUGACCAUCUGGGUUCCAUGUGGGAGCGACUGGCUUCAUCUCUCGGCUUCAACACUGACUACAUCCGGGACCUGACAGCCAGACUGCCCCCCUCCCUCCGUCCUCACCAGCUGAUCUGUGAUUGGAUGGAGAGGAACGCUGGUGACGUCACGCUGGAACAGCUGGUGCAGGCCCUGAGGGAUGCUGGGAUACACGAAGUCGCAGACGCAGCAGAUUCUGGUCAGCUGUUUUUGACAGAAGCAGAUUUGGAGGCCGCAAAAGGGAAGCCAGAUGGCGAUAUAGAUACAGGCAGGGCUGAUGGUGAGGACAGUUCCAAUGACAGAUCAUCACACGAUAGCCAAACGUCAGCGUUGGCAUCAGAUGGUAGUCAUGGCAACAUGGAGGGAGAGCCCAUGUCUGAGGAAGAUGACAGCAGCAGAUCUUCGAAUUCUGAUACUGACGAUGUCGGAAGUGGAGCCUCGUCUCUCCCUGCCACGUGUAUAUCAACAGGUAUUGAGACAAAUCUACCAGACGACAAUGUGCUCUUGGGAGAUGACACGUUUAAAGACUGCCACACCAGUGAGGCCUCUGGCAGCAGACCUGCGGCUGGGGACGUUGAAGAUCCAGCAGAGGCCGAGGUUUCUGCAGAGAAACAUACCCAGGACCAUGGUCAAGCCGAACCUGGCCAGCCAGACAAAGUACAAAAAACCGUUGCCGGUACGCCAGUGGAUGCACAUAAAAAUCAGAUACCCGAGUCCAGCACGGCAACGGGCAUCUGUACCUCCUGCAAGCAAACUAUGCAGCCCGAAUAUCGCUACACUUGUUCAACUUGUGAGAACUAUAACUUGUGUGUGGUGUGCUACAAGAAGAAAGGGCACUCACACAAAAUGCAGUGGGGCCUCCAGCCGAGCGAUGUAGACACGUUACAGCCCAGUCUGAGUUAUCACGAGGCUCGGCGUCAGUCCAUCGAGCGGUGCAUCCAGUCGCUAGUCCACGCCUGUCAGUGCCGAGAUACAAGCUGCAGCCAGCCCAGAUGUCAGAAGAUGAAACGCCUGGUACUGCACACUAAGAGCUGCAAGAGAAAGGCCAACGGCGGUUGCCCGAUCUGCAAGCAGUUGAUCGCUCUUUGUUGUUACCAUGCCAAACACUGCCAACAGCAGAAGUGCCCUGUACCAUUCUGUGUCAACAUCAAGCACAAAUUACAGCAGCAGCAGCUACAGCAAAGGUUACAGCAAGCACAGAUGUUGCGUCAACGAAUGGCAACCAUAGAUAAGGCGCUACACGAAGAGAACGUAAAGGGAACACAUGUACAAGUCAACAUGCCACAGUGUACCUUCACCUCGACCUUAUACCCAACUGGUGAAGACGCCUUGGCCUGGAAUGACUGCAUCGAAGACUUCUUCAAGACAGAUGAAUUCACGACAAGGUCCAUCCAGCAGAGCUGGCCAAAUAUUCAGUACAAUUCCAUCAAUGACGAGUCCCUCCCCACCAUAGCUGCAUGGCUGAAGGUUAGGACAGAUGUGAAAAGAGUCUGGCUGCGUUUUAACAGGUUCAGUGCUGAAGGGGUCAGAGAUUUUGUGAGAACAAUGAAGGGGAAGGCUUACACGUACACGUGGUCAGAUGACCUCCUGUAUGACGGCAGCCAGACUGAUGUGUGCGAGUCUUUAGAAUCAGGUGGGGAGGAUGUACGGAGGGAGGAAGAGCAGUGGGAGAGGCUGAGGAGGGAGGAAAGUUGGAUACGCGUGAAGGAAUGA